ACAAACGCACAUUUUGAACGCAGAUUGCCCCAAAUGGAAAAUCUCAGAAUCCGAUCGAAGAAAAUCCGACCCGACAGUGGUGUGUGCAAGAAGCACCCGAAACACCAGCAACCACCUGGCGUUUGCUCCAUUUGUUUGAAAGAGAAACUUACGAAGCUCUCAAACAGUUCCGGCAGCUCACGUAGAACCUCUAAAACAAUGGGGUCGGCCACUCCUUCCACGACGUCUUCGUUAUCGUCGUACUAUUCUUCUACAGACGCUUCAUCUUGCUCGUCUCCUCCGGCGGAGGCACGUAAUUUCCGGUUUGCUGAUCAUGAAAGGGAGAAGGGUAGUUCGGUUGCGAAUUGGUUGCUGGGCGAAGGUGGGGAGAGUGAUUAUGUGCUUAAGAAGAGCAGGUCGCUGGCCAAUUACUUUCCGAGAAGACAGAGAAGUACUAAAGAGACUGGGGAAGAGAAGAAGAGUCGUCGGUUUUGGUCAAGGUUACUUCGUCCGAUAAGUAAGAGGAAGGAAGAUACGGCAACUUUGGUGCAUUCUAGGACUGUUAGAGAGGUCAGGGUACCUAAUAGGGUGCUCUGAACUUUGAAGGAAGCAAGCUAGAUAUUAAUUUCUUAAUUGCUUUCUUUUAUUUUUCACUUUGUUCUUAAUAGAAUGUAUAUUAGAAUGAAUUAGACUUCUGAUCACAAUUUUACAUCAGAAAAAUGAAAGCAAAGAGGAAAAGAAAAUUGUAAUUUUUGUGUAUACAUAUUCAUGUCCUUACCUUUGAUGUACUACACACGGAAUGGUGGGGAUUUUAAGCAAGAUCUAGUAAUAUAAGUUCAGACAACCAUUUUUCCAGAUUUA